AUGCAAGAAGGAACUUUAAUGCUCAAUGAUUUUAAUCCAAAACAAUAUUUUGAAAAUCUUCUAGAAGGAAACAAAGAAAAUAUGUCUACUGGAUUAGCUGUUAUAAAGACAUUAUCAGAAGUUUUAAAAAAGACAACGGCAUCUACCGUUACCGGACUUCUAGAAGAUUUAAAUAAUACAAGAGAUGAACUUUGUGAAACAGAUUAUUCUACAGCUUCCAUUCGUUCAGCAUCUGAACUUUUUAUACGUUCUAUUUCUUUAGUAUCAUCAGAAUCGUUGCAGUCUGACUUUCAAGAAUUAAUUAAAAUUUUUAUAAGCAGAGCUUAUAAAUUUACUGAACGUGUAGAUAAUUCUAGAGGAAUGAUUGCAAAAUAUGCUUCCCCAUAUAUUAGAAAUGAUAUGAAAAUAUUAACACAUUCAUACUCAAAGGUGGUAUUUGAAGCAUUAGUAUCUGGAGCUAAAGAAGGAAAAAGUUUUCAUGUCUAUGUUACAGAAUCACAACCUGAUAGUAGUGGAAGAACUAUGUACGAAAAGUUACGGAAACACAAUCUUCCAUGUACAUUAAUUUUAGAUUCAGCUGUUGGAUAUCUCAUGGAAUCAAUUGAUAUUGUUCUUGUUGGUGCCGAAGGUGUUAUGGAGACAGGUGGUAUAAUCAACAAAAUUGGAACUCUUGGAAUUGCUAUAUGUGCUAGAGCCUAUAAGAAACCUGUAUGUAUCAUGGCGGAAAGUAUUAAAUUUGUUAAAGAAUAUCCACUAAAUCAAGCAGAUAUUCCCAAUGAAUUUAAGUACAAUACUUCUACACUACAAAAUAAAGAUUUAUCAGAAGAACAUCCUCUAGUUGACUAUACUCCACCACAAUACAUAUAUUUAUUGUUUACUGAUUUAGGAAUUUUAACUCCUGCAAAUGUUGGUGAAGAGCUUAUAAAAUUAUAUAUUUAA